CCUCUGAUUACUUCGGGGCGGGUGUUUCACCGGUAGACAUUUUCGGUGUACCAUUUACAGACGCCAAUUCCUUCUCACGUGAACCGCUCCAUGUGAGCACUAAUUUUAUGGUAUUUGGUCCACAAAAUCACUGUUUGUAUCCAUUCAUUCCCGUAAACAAUACCAUGGAUAUUAUUGAAGAUGGCGAGCAGUUAGGUGAGACGUCUGAGGAGGACAGCGAAUUAUCUGACGGAGAGCUUCAAGAUGCAUUCGCAAAGGGAUUGCUAAAGCCUGGGUUGAACUUUACAACACAAGAACCGAAGAAGAUUGUCAACAAUGUGGAGGGUUUGAAACAAUGCCUCGCUGACUUUCGUAAGAACACACUACCCUGGGUAGAGAGGCUGGACAUGGUCAAUCUCCCCGCUGAUGACAUCGUUGCCAAGUCCGAGGGCAGACUCGACAACAAGGCUAGCGAAGACAUCAACCCGGAUGACGACUUCCAGAGAGAGAUGUUCUUUUACCGCCAGGCCCAAGAAGCUGUUCUGGAAGCGAUGCCCCGGCUACUGAAGCUGAAGAUAGCCACCAAGAGACCUGAGGACUACUUUGCAGAGAUGGCCAAGUCAGACCAGCAAAUGCAGAAGAUCAGGAAGAAACUCAUCACGAAGCAGAUCAUGAUGGAGAAGUCGGAAAAGGCCAAGAAACUAAGAGAACAAAGGAAGUAUGGCAAGAAGGUACAAGUGGAGGUUAUUCAGAAGAGACAGAAGGAGAAGAAGGCCAUGAUGUCUGCAGUGAAGAGGUAUCAAAAAGGUAUGACUGACAAACUGGACUUCCUGGAAGGAGAUCAGAAAACUGCUAAAGGAGGCGCUCCAGCUAAAGGAGGUGCAGGGAAAGGGGCCGGUGGCAAAACACCUGAGAAAAAGGUCAUGAACAAGAAAGGGCCCAAUGCUAAGAGGAAGUAUAAAGACCAGAGGUUUGGCUUUGGCGGGAAGAAAAGUGGAUCCAAGUGGAACACCAAGGACAGCCACAACGAUGUGUCAGGGUUCCGAGCCAAGGUGGCUCAUGGGAAAGGAGGAAAGGGAGGGAAAGGAGGCAAAGCAGGACCAGGUGGAAGAGGCCCCGCCAAAGGAGGGCCUAAAAGACCGGGCAAGAAUGCACGCAAGAAGAUGAAGGGUCGCUCCUAAAGAGGUGGGUGUGUUGUCUUCGGUCUUAGCCACACUGCAUCCCAACUUCUGGAAGGAAGCGAUAUUAGAGUCCUCUCUUUCUAUACUUGAUCACACACAUCACCCUUCAUGGAGCCCUUGGGGCAGUGGACUGAUGUGGAGGCCCUUUGUGAUGAUUUCCCAAGAUGUCCUUCCUAGAGUAUCACCAAGGCUACAAGAUGUCCUUCCUAGAGUAUCACCAAGGCUACAAGAUGUCCUUCCUAGAGUAUCACCAAGGCUACAAGAUGUCCUUCCUAGAGUAUCACCAAGGCUACAAGAUGUCCUUCCUAGAGUAUCACCAAGGCUACAAGAUGUCCUUCCUAGAGUAUCACCAAGGCUACAAGAUGUCCUUCCUAGAGUAUCACCAAGGCUACAAGAUGUCCUUCCUAGAGUAUCACCAAGGCUACAAGAUGUCCUUCCUAGAGUAUCACCAAGGCUACAAGAUGUCCUUCCUAGAGUAUCACCAAGGCUACAAGAUGUCCUUCCUAGAGUAUCACCAAGGCUACAAUAUGUCCUUCCUAGAGUAUCACCAAGGCUACAAGAUGUCCUUCCUAGAGUAUCACCAAGGCUACAAGAUGUCCUUCCUAGAGUAUCACCAAGGCUACAAGAUGUCCUUCCUAGAGUAUCACCAAGGCCACAAGAUGUCCUUCCUAGAGUAUCACCAAGGCCACAAGAUGUGGACAUGGCUGCAUGCAAGUUUUAGAAUUUCUCCAUAUGAAAACCUGACAGAGCGGUACCAAACAUGCCAAAUUCAAUGUUUUUUUAAUGGUUUAAACCCCUAACAUGAAUAUGGACCUCAACGUACAAUGACAUUUUAUUAUCGUCAGUAAAAAAAAAUCCAUGUGUCUUUUAAAGGAGAUCUUUAUACAUUGUUGUAAGGCGUCUACAUUUGUGAAACUAUUUGCUGAAAGUGAAAACAAUGAUGAAGCCACUUCCACAAAUGUAUGUCAUCUAGUUUGAGUAAAUACUUGAUAGAUUUUUGUAAAAUGCACACUUUGCAAGUCUACUUAUUGACCCUCUGAUUAACUGCCUUUAGUGAUGUGACAUUUUCUAAUAUUGAACAGCUGUCAUGUUUGGCCUUUUCCAUGUAUCAAUAUUAUUAAUGUGUAGUGGGCCAAUGUGUUACUUUCUAUAGAUCUGGGUAAAUGUUUAUUCUGCAAACAGGUUCUCAUUUGUUGCUGGUAUGGCAAUAGUUGGCACAUUUUGGGCAAGAAUAACCUCUUCUCUAGCCUGAGUGCCAGUCUGUUUGUGCUAUUAUACCAACUCAUUUCAUGCCGUGUUUUGCUUGACAAUGACUGAUGGAGCUGGCAAGAGCACAAACAGAUCUAGGACCAGGCUACAGCUGCAUAUGUUUUACUUGAAUAAAUGAUUAGUGUGCUGCUUCA